GAAAAAGAGGUGAAAGUUUUACAGUAUCAUCCAAGAAGGGGAUUUAUUCUUGCAAAGGGCUUCUAUAUAUUAUUAACUUUUCUCAUUUGGGUUUCUCCAAAAUUGAAAAGACAGAGACAUCAGAGACCUUCUUCUUCUCUACUUUAUUUUAUUUUUUCCUUUCUCUCUUCACACUCUUCUUCUUCUUCUUCUUCUUCUUCUUCUUCUUCUUCUUCUUCACUAAAAAGGAGAGUGUUGUUUGUUCAAUUAAUUUGCUGUGAACUCAUCAAAUCCAUGGCGGCCAGCUGCAUCGAUAUUGCACCUGAACAACUCUGCUACAUCCCUUGCAAUUUUUGCAAUAUCGUUCUUGCGGUGAGUGUUCCAUGCAGUAGUUUGUUUGAUAUUGUGACAGUCCGAUGUGGUCACUGCACAAAUCUGUGGUCCGUCAAUAUGGCUGCUGCAUUUCAGUCUCUUUCUUGGCAAGAUCUUCAGGUUCCCAAUUACAAUUUGUAUGGAAGUGAUUUUCAAGGGGAUUUUGGAUCAACAUCCAAAUGUAACAACAAUAAUAAGAUGGAAAUUCGAGCACCCACUACAAUCCCAACAGAGGAGAGGGUUGUGAAUCGACCUCCCGAGAAGAGGCAGAGAGUACCUUCUGCGUAUAAUCAGUUCAUAAAAGAGGAAAUCCAAAGGAUCAAGGCAAGUAAUCCUGAGAUUAGCCACAGGGAAGCUUUCAGUACGGCAGCCAAAAACUGGGCACACUUUCCUCGUAUUCACUUUGGUCUGAUGUUGGAAACCAACAAUCAAGUGAAGCUAGACGAUGGUUCUGAGCGUUUAAUGACAAGGGCUGCAGUAUUAAACAAAUGAGUAACUGAUAUGAAUGAAGUUGCUGCCUUUUUUUUUCACUUCUUAUUAGUUCUGUGACUUAAUUUCUACUGCCUUCUUUUUUUUCUUUUAUUCCAUGAAAACAAAGGCUAAUGACUUGAAUUUGUUGUUUAAAUUCAAGUGACAAUUAUUAUAAUAUCCAUCUUUGUGUUGCACUAUUUAAUUCCACUAUAUUAUAAAAGGAAAAUGUAUGACUUGAAAAA